AUGAAGGAAGAAACAGAAACCUCCAGAGAAACCCCCGAAGGCUCGGCUGCUGGCGACGAGUCGAAGGCCGGAUCGCAAAUGCCAGUACUGCCAACAGGCGUUUACAUCCUCAUCAUUGGGUCGUCACCUCGACCAAUUCCUUUUAAGAAGAAACCCGACGGAAUCCACGAUGUCGAAGAGAUCAGACGAAUUCGCAGUGGAAUCACUCGGCGCCAGGCACGAACAUCCACAGGGAAGAACGAGGGCAGUCCUGAACAAGGCCAGAAAAAGGGCACCUCAGAGCCGUUUACAGCCGCAGACUCGGGAUCGAAGUCGCGCGAGGCUCCGGUGCGCAUGAUGUUCAACACACCCACCUGGCAUGCGACUGGGGUGAUCAAUGAUAUUCCCAACCCCAGUCGCGUGCCGGAUGGGCCUCGCAUUGCGCCAUCGCAGUCUCAGACAGGGUCGAUACAGCUGCCGGACUAUGCGAGUAGAGGUGCUAGCUCCGGCAACCCGGAUACGAUGCGGGCGUUGGAGCUCGCACUGCGCGAGGUGCUUGAUAAUAUCAAAGCUGCGAGCUCUCGUAUUCGGCCUCGGCUGUCUCCAUUCGACUUCGACCUUCAAGCUCAGACUUUUCCCUCUAUAUGUCUGCAGCUGCUCCCUCCUCCACCAAGCCUGUUUGCGACACAUCCGUUUUCCUCCUCUACCUCGUUUCCCCUCCAACCUCCCGGCGCCGAGCACCUCGAGAUAAUUCGCCAAGCCCUUCGAUCCAAGGUCGCACAAUGGCGGACCGACCAACUCGCAGUAGACUCCACUACUCCGGCUCAUACGAGACAUGGGAAUAGUGGGGUGGAUCCGAACAUGAUCUACCGGAGCGCACAACAGCACGAGGAUAUCAGUUUUCGACACUUGGAAUUGGCCUUCAAUCAUUGGAAUUCUAUGUCCCACGAGACCCGUCGCGACGCGUGGCAAUUGGAAAUCACACGUGCAUUUGUGCGGGAAACAGAGAAGCGCAAGUCCUCAGACGAGCAACUCGCUCGAGUGCAACAGGAAGCAAACCAGCUGCGUGCACAGGUCGAGCGCCUCGGAUCAUGCCAGUGGCCUCGUGAGUUCGCACUGUUUCCCCCAGAUACGCUCCCCCUACCACGGGAGGUAGCGCGGGAGUUAGACGCACAAGACAGCCCCAUCAGUGCCGACUCUACACGAUGGGACUACGACAGCGUGGUCGCCAAAUGGAGACGUGUUGUUAUGCACGACAAGGGCAUGGGCCGGGUUGGGGUUGGUUAUGGAAACCCCAGUCAGCUGGGGGAUCCAGACAAGACUCCGUCUCAACAAAGCCCUGAUGUCCGGCCUCCACGCCCAGGCGAAGACACCACCUCUCAUCCAAAUCGCUUGCGCCCCUUGCAAUCUGCUACGGCGUUGAGCCCAGACGUUGGGGCUGCCUCCACCCCUGCUUCAUCUACCCACUACGCUUCACCCCACUCCUUUGCAGAUCCUCGCAGCCCGCCCAGCGGCACCCUACCCAGUGGCAUGCCCCAGGUGGGUGGGCUGCCUCCGGCUAAGCGACAGCGCCUAAUGAAUGGAUCAGAAGACACAUCUGGUCCUUCAUCCGAGUCUGGUCAUGUUCCGCCUCCGGCAGCUGGUAAACCAUGGGGAUCUUCCACGCCCCAUUUAUCCAAUCUUGCUGCACCCUCGGGACAGACUCCUCCGUCGUCGUCCAGGAACUGAUUGGUUUUGGAAUAUAAUAUUUGUAGAAAAGCACCGGACAAGGCGCUUGAGCUUCGUUGGAUUGGGACAGUAGGUGGCUUCGUCUGCUCCCUCUGCUCCUGGCUCUUCUUAAUAGAGAAUACCACGUUCA